AUGAGUAUAAAUAAUAGUGAUUAAGCGUCGCAAUAGCAUUCAGAAAUGAUCAUAGAGGAGUCAAACACAAUGGCUGCUGGUGCCAUAAGUCAAAAUUAAAGUGAGUAGUAAAGAUUAUUAAAUGGAGAGGCUGCCCAAACCUAACCUGCUGCCUAGCCAUAGCAAUAAAACAGUUAAUAGUAGCCAUCUACUUCAAAUAAUCUAAAUAUGGAACAAAAUUACAAUUAAAAUUCUAGUGCUCUAAAUACUUCUGAAGACAUGCAAUAAAACGAAAAUGAGUUUAGAGAGAUUUUGAUCUCUGACUAUUUUUAAAAAGGGUUCUACAUGGAUGUGAGAGAGCAUUUGGGUGAUUGGAGAGUAGGAAUUGUUUAGUAAAUCUAUGAAAAAUAGCAACGACUCUUUAUUCAAUUCGAUGGGAGCAAAUCAGACGAACAUGUGUUAAUGAGUUCAAAUAAGCUCGCUCAUUUCAGAAAAUUCACUAAAGGAUACACAGGAGAAAAGAAUAAUGCCUCUAGAGUCAAAAGAAAUAUAGAAGAUAUAAAAUUGAUGAUAUAACCUUUUAAGCAAAUGAUUAAAGCAAAUUAUUAAGGAGUAUCUGCAUUUGAUUUUACUCAAGAAUUCAGAGGAAAAUAUUUUUUUGCAAUGGAUUAAGCUUUGUAAAAUAUUUCUUAUGAAGAUGAAUCGCGUGAAUAAGUGAUAAAAUUGAUUAAAAACCAUAUUAAUUAUACGAUAAAAUACAUUAAGGAAUUUCCAAACUAUUUUACAGAUUAUUAUAAAGAAUAUACCAAUUAGUUAUCAUACAUGUACGAUCUACCUGUCGCAAUAGCUCAUGGUUCAUAUGAAAUGUUUGAAAUGCUGCUCUCUAUAUUUGGUACAACAGAUCGUUUAGUUACUAAUUAGAAUUGCUUUUACGCAAAAAAUUGGUUUUUCAUCAGAGAAAAUUAGGAUCAAAUUUUAGAGCAAUUUCCUGAGAAAAUUAUAAAAAUACAUCACACUAAUUUGCUGGAAAAUGAAGAUAAUGAUGGAAUGUAGGAAGAAAUUAUUGGGUAACAGUAAAGUCUUAUUCAUUAACAAAAAGCUUAAUUAAGAAGUAAGAUAAAAAGUGAAAUAAUUCCAAUUUUUACUAAUUACUUUUGGCUGAAUGGAGGCUUUGAAGCUAUGAAUUAGCUGUUCAAUGACCAAAAUAAGAUGAUACCUUUACUAUCACUUUACUAGAUUAGCAAAAUUAUUUACUACAGUAUAAAUAACAUGAAAGAUAAAUAUAUAGUUAUAAUUAUAGACUAGCUUUGUAAUUAUAUUAUUUAAAGAAUGAGUCUCAUUACAGAAAGGGAAAUCAAAGAAUAUGAUCCACGUCUUGUUAAAAGUAUUAGAGAUUAUUUAUAGAAUACUGUAAAAUACCACCCUGACUAAGAUAAACAAGAUAUGUAUUUAAAGAGAAUAGAUGAAAUGGAUUUAAACCUUGCUCUUAAAUUGUUAUCAAGCUAGUAUUUAAACAAAAAAAUUUAAGGAUUAAAUGAUAUAAGCGAAAUUAUAGCUGAAAUUAAGUAAAAUGAUAGCUUUUAGAAUGGCAGUAACAACGAUGAUAUUGGAUUUAGAAAUAAUAGCGAAUACUACAGUGACCAAAUGAAUGACAGAAGAUUUAACCCUAAAGAAUUCACUGAAUGGGUUAUCAAGAAUCAAAUUAUCGAUCAUCUGUUAGGAGAUUCGAUGCAUGUUGAGAUUGUUAGAAGAUGUCACGAAAUUAUUCGUUUUAUGUGCUUUUGCAAGCAGUUCCCAGUUGAGUUGAUUGAUACUAUUUGGAAUUCCUGUGGUUCUGAUAAACAUGAAGUUAUUGUUUCUGCUAUUUUUGAAAUGAUUAUUUCAAUCACUGAUUAGCUCUCUAAAGAAGCUUUAUUUAAAUUUCACGAAAAGAUUAAUUCUAUCCCUCUCAACGAAAUUAAUGAGCAGACACUCAUGCUAAUUAAAGGAUUUUCUUAAAAAGCUAUUGAUAUACUCAUCCCUUCUUCUAAAUUUGCAUAUUUCUCUCAAGAUCAAGAUGGCUCAGACACUGAAGAGCUAGAAGAUGGGCAAGAAUAAUAAAAUUAAGAAGAACAAAAAGAAAGUAAAAGUAAAUUAUCUAAAGAGGCUAAAGAAUAACAAUAUGAAAAAAACUUUUUCUGUUUGGAACUUUUGCUAAAAUUAAUAAAUGAAGAUAAUAAUUAAAAUUUGAGCUAUUUGGUGGUUGAUAAUGCUUUAUAAAUAGCUAAGGAGCUUCUUUGUCUGUAGCAGGGAAGCUUUAUUGCUAAAAAAUAUGCAAAUUUGUUUUUAGAAUAAAUAAUUUCUGGAAAAUCAUCCUACUAAGCUUAUUACUUAAUAUAUGCAUUGGUUGAUAGUCAGAUGCCUCCUGAUAUCUUGAUUUCCUUGCAAAAAAGAGAAAUAGAUUUACCAAAAAUUAUAGUAGACGACAUUUGUAAUUAUCUAAAGCAGAUUCCAGAAUAGAUAAAUAAACUCAAUCCUGCUGUUUUAGAGAAUUUAAAGAAUGCUCCAAACCAAAAUUAUGUCUUCAAGACAACUGUUUUUAAAGGAAAAUAUUCUCAUGAAAAUAAUAUUCAUGUAAGAUUCUAGCUACUUGAGAUUAUUUUAACUCAAAACUUCAGUGAUAACAAGCGUAUAUUCCAGUUAAGUCCUCAGGAAUUUGAUAAGCUCUGGAACCAAUUUAUCUAAAUUCCGAAUCACCCAUGCGAGUCUUAAAUCUUCUUGAAUUGGAUACUUAACAAAACAAUUCAGAGAUAAAAUUAAAACUAUUUGAAUACGAUAGACAUAACUAAUUUGUUCACAUUUGACUUAAUAAAACACAUUUUUGUUAAUAUAUUCUGUAAUCCAGCUAUGAUGAAGUACUAAAACUUCACACCAGAGCUCUUUAACAUAUUCUUUUACUUGUUUAAAAAAAUCAAUCUAAAACUUCGUAACAUCGAACUCAUUGCGAAUCUUAACAAAUUUAAGGUAUAAAAUGAAGAUCUUGCUGGUAUGAAAACGAUGUGGGAUAUCUUUGGAGAGGCAGAAAAUAAGUAGGUUGUUAAUUCUUGCUGUGAUUAGUUAAGUGAAAUUUAUAUAAAUCAUGAUAAAAAUUAUGAUCCUUAGUUUAGAGAUCAUUAUAUGAGAUAGCUAACUGAGAAAUGCAUGCAAUUUUUAUAGUAGGGAUAUAUUAAAUAGUCAUCUCAACUGAUAGAGAGGUCAGUUUAAUUGCUGUUGCUGUUCUUUUCUAAGAUAGAAGGACAAAGUUAUAAAAAAUAGUAUGAAUUAAAUCAAUAAAACUAAUAUUCUCAAUACUCUAUUUAAAAUCAAUAAACUUACACAAUCAUUUUCUAAAAAGAAAAUUUGAGUAAAAAUAUUAAGUUGAAUUAAAAUAUUCCAUUUGGAAUUCUCAGAAAAAAAAUAUCACAAGAAUUUAAAAUUCCAACUACCAGCUUUAGGCUCUAUUGCAGGAACUACAAAACAUUCAUAGAACCAUUCUAGGAUGAAGAGAUCAUUCAUGCUUCAAGAAAUGUUUUUUAUGUCCAUCUUAUAGAAGGAGCUGAUAUGCAAAAUGCGUUCCACCCUAAAAAUUUUAUCAUUUAAAAUAAUGAAUAUUUCGACUUGCUUUUUAAUCUCUUAUCAUUGAAUUUUCCAACAGACGAAUGUAAUAAUAAUCUCUGGGAGCUAAUUAUGAAACUACCAACAAAUGAUCAUGUUAAGCAAAGAAUCAUAAAAAUUCAAGAGCCUUGGGAAGAAAUUUUAAAGGGAUCUUUCCACAAGAAGCUUUACUGCCUUAAUAUUAUGGAGGAAUUAUUCUAGCAUCCCAAUGGAAAUAAUUUAUGGAUUCAAAAGUUUUAUGGUAGUGGAGGUUUUAAAUAUCUUUAUGAGUACUUUAUCACACUUGAUAUGAAUAUUAUUUAAAAUGCACUCUCUAAAAGAUUUAUCGAGAAACUACUUAAAAUAAUGUGCUAUUAUGAUUCUAAGGCAAAAAUAGACAUGUAUCAAGAUGAUCCAGAAAAGGGUUAACUUGUUUUUAAACAACGUUUUUAGAGACUUAUAGAAUGCAUUCAUCGCAUUUGCGAGUAUUGCAUUCUGAGGGAGGAGAAAGACUUAGAAAAUUGCAGUUAAGAAAAGCUGAAUUAUAGUCAUUAGUGUUAGCAUUAUCAGAGAAUGAUGAAUCAAAAUUAAAACUGUAAUAAUUAAGCAGAACCAAAACAACCUGAUUUCUAUACUGUUGAAUAUGAAAUUGUCUUACAAUGCAUUAAGUUAAUAGCAUAAGAUUAUAAUGAUACUAUGCAUGAGUUUUUUUGCCAUCCCUUGAUGGAGAAGAUAAUAAGGAAGGGUUUAGCUUAAAUUGAUAAUUGUAUUAUACAAAUAAAUCUUACACAUUUUCUAAAUGUUUUGUAUGGAAGAUGCAAAGAUAAGCAUAAAAUUUUAAAGCACCUUUUACCCACUAUGCUUCAUAAUAUCCUACCAGACAUAGUUAGAUAUUCUAAGGUAAAUGGUAUAUUGGUAUAAUAGAAUAAUCUGAUGAUACCAGAGAAUACUCCUAUAGAAGUGUUUAGAGCAGAAUAAACAAGAUCCUUUUUCGAAUUAGCUCAACAAAUAAUUACUUACUCUAAAGAUAUACAACAAUUAGUUUCCGAAUUUGACUUCGAUUAGACUGCAAUUAAUAUAACUGAAAUGAUAAUUAAUAGACCGAUACUUGAGACAUCAUAAAAUAACAAAGAUGAAAUUCUCUGCGGAUUAUUUAAUCUUCUAAAAGUAAUUAUAAAUAUUAAUCCAAAUUUAAGACUGACUCUCUCUAGGAACUAUAAUUUAAUUAAACAAAUUCUAGAUUUUAGUUUCGAUUUCCCUCAGAUAAGAAAAAAAUCUGAAAGCAUUUUUAAUCAAAAUUAAAUAGCUAUUCGUGGACCUAAAAUAAAAUCAUCUGAUACAAGGAGUUAUUCUUUUGAUUUGCUCAAGCAAAUUUCAAUUAAUGUUCCUGAAAAUGUUUAUUAAAUUAUUCAAUACCUUAAACCUCUUAUACUAAGUGGAGACUGGAGGACAAAGAGUUAAAAGGAUUGGGAUAUUGUACCAAAGAAAAAUGAGAAAUCUUCAACAGGCUAUGUCGGAAUCAAGAACCUUGGUUGCAUCUGUUAUAUGAAUGCACUACUUUAGUAGCUAUUUAUGAUUCCCUCUUUUAGGUAAACUAUUCUGAAAUGCAAGGACCCAUAGUUCGAGUCUACAGCACAAGAAGAUAAUAUUCUUUAUUAGUUAAAGUGCAUGUUUACUUCUCUUUGCUACAGUGAGAAAGAAGCAUACAAUCCUAAAUCUUUCUGUCAUGCCUUUAAGGAUUAUGAUGGAAAUCCUACUAAUGUGUAUGAGUAGAUGGACAUUGAUGAAUUCUUUAACUCUUUGAUGGAUAAAUUAGAGAAUUAAAUGAAAGGAACAAAGCAUUCUGAGGCAAUUAAAAAACAUUUCGGAGGUGUCUUUUCUAAUGAAAUUAUUUCCAAAGGCUGCUAGCAUUACUCAGAAAGAGAAGAGGAAUACUUGUCCAUAUCACUUCAAGUAAAAAAUAAAAAAGACAUCAAAUAGAGCUUAGAAGCCCUCACACAAGGUGAAAUGUUAGAAGGAGACAACUCUUACCAUUGUGAAAAAUGUGAUAAAAAAGUUGUAGCUCUUAAAAGAACCUGCCUGAAAAAAUUACCUAAUCAUCUGAUUUUAGUUCUAAAAAGAUUUGAGUUCAAUUAUGACAACAUGUAAAAAGUUAAAAUCAAUCAAUUCUGCUCAUUCCCAUUUGAAAUUGAUUUCUAAGAAUUCUCCUAGCAAGGCUUGAGAAAAGCAGAAUAAGCUCAAAAUAAACAAUAAAAUCAUGGAAACCAUGCUGAAUACCCAGAUAACUAUUUUAAGUAUAGACUUUAUGGUAUAGGAAUACAUAUGGGUAUAGCAGAUUCUGGUCAUUAUUAUUCUUAUAUCAGAGACAGAGAAGCUUAAAAUGGAGAAAAUAAGUGGAUGGAAUUCAAUGAUAAUGUAGUCAAGUUUUUUGACCCCAAAGAUAUCCCAAAUGAAGCUUUUGGAGGUGAAGAAAAGUGGAAAUAAUUCUACAUGAUGGAGAACAUGAACAUGAUGAAUCAAUUCAGGUAAAAGAUAAGAAAUGCAUAUCUUUUGUUCUAUGACAGAAUAGAAAAAUUUGAUGAAGAUUAGUUCUAAUAAGCAUCUGCUAGUCCAAAAGAAAAAGACUUGAGUUCUGAGUAGAAUGUUAAAAUUUUAGAGUUCGACGACGAGCAAGAAGAUAAUAUAUCUGUUAAAGAGGAAGAUAAAAAAUAGAAUUUAAAAAUGGAAGCAGAAGAGGACGAGGAAAUAAUUUAAGAAAGAACGUUAAGUAAUGCGUUGAAUGGAGCAGAUGCUGCAUCAGGAGAACAAAAAAGUAAGGAAUAAUAGAAUUAGUAGAAAAUAGAGGAGGAAGAAGAAAAUUCUGAAUAUGAAGAAAAGUAUUGUGGAGAAUUUAAACAAGAGCUUUUGAAAUAAAAUACAAGCUUCCAUUUGCAUAAAAUUUUGUUUAGCUAGGAAUUUUGCAUUUUUAUGAAUAAUCUAAUACAUUAAUACAAUCAAACUUUGGGAGAAAACAGGCAGCCACUUGAAUAUCCCUUCGAUUUAAAUUCUAAUACCAUCACAAAAGAAUUUUACGACUUGCACUUCAUCAAAUUUAGUUUGACUUAUUUCUUUACAACUGCAAUCAGAUAAAGAGUAGUCAGAAAUGAAAACAAUGUUAAUUUAGACCAAUUCUAUUCACUUAUAACCUAAUAACUCUAUAAGAAUAUACCAGCAAUUUAAUGGUUAAUUAAAUGUUUUACUGAUCCUAGAUUGAUAAAAGAAAUCAUAAUGUCUCCAUCUUCUGAUGCUAAGGAAAUAGUUAUUAUAAUCUUAGAGUAAUCUUGUAAGGUUUUGUUUAGCUUAGAAAAGGCUCAUCUUCAUGAUGUUGAAGAAGAGACAGAUUUGCCUAAAACUUUACUUGGAUAAUUCAUAAAUGCUCUUAUUUAUUGUUUGAAUAUUGCUGAAAACUAUUAAGAAUACUUUGAACUUAUAUUUAGGCUAAUAUAAAUAGAUGAAGAAAUUGCUUAAUAUCUUCUAUAGAGAAUGUUUAUUGGUAGAGCAAUGGAGUUCAUCUUUUCAUCUGAAGGUAAAAAGAAAAAAAAUAACUAGCAGAUGGGAGUAAAUCAGCAAUUAGAUUUCCCUAAAACACCUUUCAGAACUUCAGACACUCCAAUGAUGGGAUUACCAUCUUAAGAGAAGCAAAAAAAGCAGUAUGAUAGCUUUUACAAGAAGGACAGAUCUGGGUUUGCAGAUUCUACAUCAAUUACAUACUUAUUUAGGAUACUUGAAUAUCUUAUUCUUCGCUCAAAUUUCGUCACAAAUAAUCCUUCUAAGAUUCCAUCAAAAAUCAAUUACAACCUGUAAAAGGAUGAGAUAUACUGGCUGUAUAGAGAUUUGGACUCAUUGUUUUACUUCCUAAAUAAAGCAAAAGAUAAAUUAGCUAUUAAAAGUGUUAAUAAUAUUUUAGCUUAUUUAUCAUAUGAAGAUCCUGUUAUAAUUGACUACAUAUAUUCAAUAGCUGCUAAAAUUGUAUAAGAAUAUUAGAGCUAAGAAUUUGUCCGCAGUUUCACUCUUCUAAAAAAAUUCUUCUCUGUCAAAGAUUCAUUUUAAAUAAAGAAAAUUGAAGUGGCUUUAUAAAAAUUGUAACAAGCUUGUGAAUCCAAUUUGAGUUAUUAAAGAGAAUCAGAUGUGAUAUAACAAUUCCUCAUUAAGUUAUGUGCUGAUAACCAUUUAGUUGCUUCCUAUAUUUACAAAAAUCAAUAAAUGCACUUAAAUAAUUAAUUAAAGAACUUGCAUGAAUAUAAUCCCAACAAAAAAGAUGCUGAUGAGAAUCUACAAAAAAGAGACCGCUAUGAUUUAUAGUAUUUUGACAUCAGAAUUCCUUCAAGAACCACUUAACUUACCUGCCUUAAGAAUUGGAAAAUUAAAUAACUUGAAAAGCUCAAAUCUGGAGAUUUUAAUUUUGAUGUACCUCGCUUUGACACUGAUGAUAUUAUGCCUGAAACUGAGAUUGUUAAAGGCAGAUACUACGAUUUCUUUGAUGACAAAGAAGGUAAAUGGAAAAUAAUUAGAUGCUACGAAAUACACUAAAAGAAAAGAAUUGCUUAUUUCUUUGAAAUUAAUAUUUAAUAAAUGAAUAAUUAUAGCUUAAACGAUGAAAGAGAAUUAUAUGAAAAGGCUAACUCAUUCAUUAUCAUAGUUCUCCAUCUAUCUACAUAUAAAUUAUUCCCUUUUAAAUCAAUGCACGACCACUUUGCAAUAUAGCUAUAAAGUGAGGAAGAAGAAGAAAACGAAGAAGCUGAACUCAAAAAGUAAGAAGAUAACGAUGACAAGAAAACAGAAGAAGAAAAUAACUCAACAAUAAUUUAAUAGAAUAAUUUUAAUGAACCCAACAAUCAAAACGAAGCUUCUAACUGCAUGAUGUACAAUGAAUAAAACCAUUCAGGCUCAGACAGUGACAUCUAAAAUAACCAUGCACCUAACUCCUAAGAAAGAGAAGUAGGCGAAGAUUAAGAAUCUGAAGAUGAGGAAGAGGAGGAGGAAGAAGAAGAGGAAGAAGAGGAAUUAGAGGAAGAGGAAGAAGAAGAAAAUGAAGAAAUACAUGGAACUUCUUCUUAAUGA